UGGGUUGUUAGGAUGACCCAACUGCUGGGUUGUUAGGAUGACCCAACUGCUGGGUUGUUAGGAUGACCCAACUGCUAGGUUGUUAGGAUGACCCAACUGCUGGGUUGCAGGCAUUGGGUCACUUAUUUGGCUUGUUUUCUGUAGACCUUUCAUGCAGUCAAAUUACCUAGUGGCCUCAUGGGUGGAAUGUUAUGAAUAUUUUUCAUAAUUUCAUAAUUAAUGGCAAUUAACAGUUUUGUUAUAUUUCAGUCUUCUGUGAUGUGUGUAAGUGUAAUAUUGGGAUGCAAACUCAAAAUGUAAUACAUUUCAACUAUAUCUGACAUGUUACAGGUGUCUUCUUUUUUUUAAGCCCAUAACCAUGUGUGUGAGGUGUAUACUUUUGUUUCAAAGUAUAUCUGUUUAAGACUAUCAAGAACCACUGUGACCCUGAUUUGCCCAUUGCAGUAAAAGGUUAGAAAUAGCAGGGUUGGGUUGAUGAUGCUGGGUUAUAGGGAUAUGACCUAGCGGGUCAGAUCAGAAGACUGGGUGUGCUGCUUAUUAGGGGUGUGGCUUUCAGAUAGUUAUUUUUGGCCACCUGCAAGAGUAAAUUGAAAUCCCGUUCAUCUGUUUUGCUGUAUUGUUAUCACAUUGGAGUCAGGGUGUUUGCAGGGUUUGGUUCCAGACCAGCUCUAAAACACCUGAUUCAACUUAUCCUAGGGGAUGUGUGAAUCUCACUCCUCAGCCAUGUGUCCCCACUUGCCCUGCCGAAUAGCUAGCUUUUCGGAGGCGCUGACUGGUAAGACUUUGAGAAGGCGAUCACGUGUGCUAGCAAGGCAGAGGUCCUAAGUUUGAGCCUCGCUGUGAGCCGUAUCAGGAGGAAGCGGUUCUCGCUAAGCAAGCAGCGUGAUGUCCAUUACACCCGUACACACUGUGGCACCUGUAUGUAGUUCUUAUGUUCCUUCCUUCAUGCCAGAUGCUUACCUGAUAUGCCUGGCAAGACCUUGCGGUGAUCUCCCCUCCUAAACAUGUGUCACUGUCCCCAUUCGAGUGGAAAACAGGAGGUGCCUGAAUAUUGAUGCUAUCAGGGGCUCUAAUGACCUGGGCUUUUGACUGGGUCAUUUCAUCCAAGUCACUUCACAGUAGAGCCCUGCACGGGCAUGAAUUUUAAGCUCUAGCACUACCCAUGCUGCAACAUUCAGGCCCUACCCUACCCAGGGACGACUGCUUCUGACAAAUUUAAGGCCCUGCCCGAAACCUGAAAUUAGAAAUAACUUCCUCCGAUAGUAAAUCCAUUAGCUGCUCCUCUCUGUCCCUGCGCUCUGUUCAUGGUAGCUCUGAGUCUGUGAGUAUCCAUAGCAACGGCUCCAUUUGGGCUGCUCUGCUCAAUGAAGAGACAUGAGAGAGAACUUAGCUAUACUUUUCGUCACUCUAAACUGAAACAAAACUCAAGGAACAUUAUUAUUUUCUGUGAAAUAAUCUCUCCUGUUUUAUAUUUGAUGAGGUUGAAGCACUUCUGACACCACGUUAUGAUCUUAGUCAGAUAUGACUGUACUGUGCAUCAGAGCAUGAGCAAAUGACUCAGCUUCAAAAUGUCAGUGAUCAAUUUAGUGAUACCUGAGCCCUGCCGUACCCUAGUUACCCUGCCUUAACUCAAUGUAUAAUAUCUGGGCCCAUCGGGCUGGGGUCAGGUAGCAGACGUCUACUUCACAGGCUAUACAGAAAUAACUUAGUAAUGUUAUUAGGUUGAAAUAUACAGUUAUAGAACUUGGGCUGGGGCUCUCUCCAUGUUGGCUGUGACCCAUUGAUUGGCCUCUCUGGGGAAAUGAUCACCCUAUUCUAACAUUCAAUAUAGUGGAAACCGGCGCUUAUUAUUUGUCUGAAUUAUUGAUGGAUUAAUGGCUGUUUUUAUUUCCAGACCCAGACAGCGAUCCAGACAGGGCCCAUUCUUGUAAGAAUUGAUUGCCAAUUGUAUUGCUGGUGAGGUUUGGAGUAGCACCUGAAGUUAGUUAGAAAUUGAGCUGCACCAGGGCCAAUAUUGCAGCUUGUUCCUGACUUCAUAUAGCCUGCCCUGAAUAGUGAAUGUAGACUGAACCUCAUAAGCCCCCAGAAAACGGUCUGGGAAACUGAGGAUAGUGAUCUCAUGAUGAAUGACUCGUCCCCUUUCAAGUGUAAUUUAAACUGGUAAACCGAGCCUGCAAUGUCAGACCACAGACACAAUACCAGUCUCGGGGGCUACUGUCCCUUUAAAUACGAGCCCUCAGCCCGCCCUCGGAUGGGAACACCGUAGUCAAGGCUCCACGAGAGAUUGGGGCCGUUGUCUGGUGUCGAAGCAUCAUCUAAUGCACCUUGCAGAGAGACAAUUGUUCAAAGCCUUCUCUAGACCGCCAGAGAAGCGCUGAUGAAACGGAGGCGGCGAAGGUCUGUGUCCUUGCUUGGGCUAUUCUCACAAGCAGUCGGGAGCUUCCCGGACAGCGAGGCCAAGGGAGAGGAGACGAGUGACGGGCGUGCUCCAUCUGUCCUCACCGGGGCUUGUUGUGCCAGCUGGCCUCGCCUCUCUCCCAUCAAUCGAACGGUGCAGGAACCUCUUGUUCAUCCGCCGGCUACCGCAAGGCAGAUGAUGAGAUGUCCGGGACUACUUCGCAGGCAGAUCCCAUAGAUGCUACGGCACGGACGAUUCUGCUAAACCAACCUCAGAACACCAAGUUCUGUGACAACCAUGUCAGUACCACUAAGUACGGGGUGUUUACCUUCCUGCCUCGUUUCCUGUACGAGCAGAUCCGCCGCGCUGCCAACGCCUUCUUCCUCUUCAUCGCCCUAAUGCAGCAAAUCCCUGAUGUGUCUCCUACGGGUCGUUACACCACCCUGGUACCACUCAUCUUCAUCCUCACUGUGGCCGGGAUCAAAGAGAUCAUAGAGGACUAUCAAAGACACAAGGCAGACAACACAGUCAACAAUAAAAAGACAACAGUUCUGAGGAAUGGAGCCUGGCAGACCAUCAUAUGGAAACAGGUGGCAGUAGGAGACAUAGUGAAGGUGACCAAUGGGCAGCAUCUUCCAGCUGACAUGGUCAUAGUGUCCUCCAGUGAGCCUCAGGCCAUGUGUUACACUGAGACCUCCAACCUGGACGGAGAAACCAACCUGAAGAUCAGACAGGGUCUCACUCACACAGCUGGUCUCCAGUCUCUGGAGGAGCUGAUGGGUCUCUCUGGCCGUCUGGAGUGUGAAGAGCCCAACAGACACCUGUACGACUUCACUGGGACCCUACGGCUGGACAACCAAAAUGCGGUUCCUCUUGGUCCUGACCAGGUGCUACUGAGAGGUGCCCAGCUCAGAAACACACAAUGGGUUGUAGGAAUUAUAGUUUACACUGGACAUGACUCCAAACUGAUGCAGAACUCGACCAAGGCCCCUCUGAAGCGUUCUAACGUGGAGCGGGUGACCAACGUCCAGAUCCUGGUGCUGUUCUGCAUCCUCCUGGUGAUGGCGCUAGUGAGCUCUAUAGGAGCCUCCAUCUGGAACAAACAACACACUGAGGAGGCCUGCUGGUACCUGUCACGCGCAGGGGACAUCUCCACUAACUUCUGGUAUAACCUGCUGACCUUCAUCAUCCUCUACAACAACCUCAUCCCCAUCAGCCUGCUGGUCACUCUGGAGGUGGUCAAGUUCACACAGGCACUCUUCAUUAACUGGGAUGAGGAGAUGUACUACUCUGAGACAGACACACCCGCCAUGGCUCGAACGUCCAAUCUCAACGAAGAACUGGGCCAGGUGAAGUAUCUGUUUUCUGAUAAGACAGGAACUCUCACCUGUAACGUCAUGCAUUUCAAGAAGUGUACCAUCGCUGGAAUCACAUACGGCCACUUCCCUGACCUAGAUGUUGAUCGUUCCAUGGAGGACUUCAGUCCCCUGCCGUCCAGCAGUCUUAACUCCACAGAGUUUGAUGACCCCACUCUCAUCCAGAACAUUGAGAAGAACCAUCCAACCUCUGCCCAAAUCUGUGAGUUCCUGACGAUGAUGGCGGUGUGUCACACAGUGGUCCCAGAGAGAGAGGAGGACCAGCUUAUCUACCAGGCCUCCUCGCCAGAUGAAGGAGCUCUGGUAAAAGGAGCCAAAGGUCUGGGCUUCGUUUUCACAGCAAGAACUCCUGGCUCCGUUAUCAUGGAAGCUAGGGGGAAGGAGAAGAGCUUUGAGUUGCUGAAUGUGCUGGAGUUUUCAAGUAACCGUAAGCGCAUGUCUGUAGUGGUCCGAACCCCCGAUGGGAAACUGCGUCUGUACUGCAAGGGAGCAGAUAAUGUGAUUUUUGAGCGUCUCACUGAUGCGUCUCAGUACAAAGAGCUGACCAUCGCACACCUGGAACAGUUUGCCACCGAGGGUCUGCGGACUCUGUGUUUUGCCUAUGUUGAUCUGGAGGAGGGGGUAUACCAGGAGUGGCUGAAGGAGUACACCCGUAUUAGCACUAUCAUUAAAGACCGGGCCCAGAAACUAGAGGACUGCUACGAACUACUGGAGAAGGACCUGUUGUUGUUGGGGGCCACAGCUAUAGAGGACCGUCUCCAGGCGGGGGUCCCUGAGACCAUCGCUACUCUGAUGAAGGCCGACAUCAAGAUCUGGGUCCUCACUGGAGACAAACAGGAGACCGCCAUCAACAUAGGUUACUCCUGUCGUCUAGUUUCCCACGGCAUGUCCCUCAUCAUCGUCAACGAGGACUCACUGGAUGCUACACGUGCCACCCUGACAGCUCACUGUACGUCUCUGGGUGACUCUCUGGGGAAGGAGAAUGAGUUGGCUCUGAUCAUCGAUGGACAGACCCUGAAAUACGCCCUGUCCUUCGAGCUCCGCCAAGCCUUCCUAGACCUCGCCCUGUCCUGCAAGGCCGUCAUCUGCUGCAGGGUCUCUCCCCUCCAGAAGUCUGAGAUAGUGGACAUGGUGAAGAAGCAUGUGAAGGCCAUCACUCUGGCCAUAGGAGACGGGGCCAACGACGUGGGCAUGAUCCAGACUGCCCACGUGGGGGUUGGCAUCAGUGGCAACGAGGGCAUGCAGGCCACCAACUCCUCGGACUACUCCAUAGCACAGUUUUCCUACCUAGAGAAGCUGUUGCUGGUCCAUGGGGCGUGGAGUUAUAACCGUGUCACUAAGUGUAUCCUCUACUGUUUCUAUAAGAAUGUGGUGCUCUACAUUAUAGAGCUGUGGUUUGCCUUUGUGAACGGCUUCUCUGGACAGAUCCUGUUUGAACGCUGGUGUAUAGGCCUCUACAACGUGAUCUUCACAGCGCUGCCUCCCUUCACUCUGGGGAUCUUUGACCGGCCAUGCAGUCAGCAGAACAUGCUACGCUUCCCCCAGCUAUACAGGAUUACCCAGAAUGCCGAGGGCUUCAACACCAAGGUGUUUUGGGGUCACUGUAUAAAUGCUCUGAUCCAUUCCAUUAUUCUCUUCUGGUUUCCACUCAAAGUUCUAGAACAUGACAGUCCUUUCAACAACGGUCAUGGAACUGACUACCUGUUUGUGGGGAACAUGGUCUACACGUAUGUGGUAGUAACAGUGUGUUUAAAAGCUGGUAUGGAAACCACUGCCUGGACCAGGUUCUCCCACUUGGCAGUGUGGGGCAGUAUGAUUCUCUGGAUGCUGUUCUUCACUGUCUACUCAGCUUUCUGGCCGUCCAUCCCCAUUGCUCCUGACAUGCAGGGCCAGGCUAGCAGAGUGAUGCAGUGCUGGCACUUCUGGCUGGGGCUGGUCCUGGUGCCAGCAGCCUGUCUCCUCAAAGACUUUGCCUGGAACGCGGGUCGUCGCACUGUGAAGAAGUCUCUUCUGGAAGAGGUUCAGGAGCUGGAGGCCAGGGCUGUAGACCCAGGGGCCGCCGUGCUCCGAGACGCCAGCGGACGCAGUCUGAACGAGCGUGCCCACCUGUUGACCCGGGUCUUUAGGAAAACACCCUCCAACGUGGGCCGCAAAAACUCUGUGCAGCAGAGCAACGUGUCCCAUGGCUAUGCCUUCUCCCAGGAGGAACAUGGGGUGGUGUCUCAGUCACAGGUGUGUCGAUCCUACGAUACCACCCGCCAACGGCCCAGCAUCUAGCCCCUCCCACUGCCCCGCCCUCAGCCCACCUGGCUACGGGGUGCUUGGCAACAGUUGCCAAGGUGGCCACAACGGUUGCCAAGGCAACAGUGGAGACAGACUAUGCUGAGUGACCGACCCUGCUGUGGCCUUACUGGAACUUAUACUGACUUUGACCCCUGGAGAUCAUUGCUAGGCAUGGAACACUGACUAAAGGGAAGGGACCAGACCCGUCUAUACUGUCCAACCUGGUCUCCGCUCUACACAUAUAUAUAUCUCCGCUCUCCGCUUCGCUAUAUAUAUAUAUAUAUAUAUAGAGCAGACACACAGGCAUGAGUAAUCACAACCACACAAACAGACAUAAUAAAUCAACCACAGACUAAUGUGUAUCUAAUCAUAGCAUGGACUGGGUUUAGUUUAUGCACCUGUGCGUCUUUGUCCGUGUGCAUGGCUGUGCUUCUGAAUGUAUCUGCCCUUCUGUCUGUCUGUCUGUGUGUGUGCGUGUGUGUGCUGCUCGCGUGUGUGUGGUGUGUGUGACCGUGUCCACACUCCCUCACAUCUCCCUCUCCUGAGCAGGGGUUUAACUCAUCCGUCAUCACCGUGGCCAUGGGAGAAAGGGAGGAAGAGGAGGGGGGCACUUUAACAUAAACACCAAACACACACUGGCCUAGGAGGGAUUCCUCUCAGAGAGCUGAAGAGGGGGAUUGGAGAGGAGGGGCCACCCUGUAGACCUCCAUCAGCUUCUUUAACUCUUAUUCUCCCUUUCACUAUUCUAUCUCUCUGCGUUUCUCUCUCACUCUUGCUCUCUCUGGAUCAGUGACCUCCUCGUCUCUCUCCCCCUCAUCUGCGGCACGUCUCCUCUUCCUGCUCGGUUGAAUCUAUUUUCCCUUGUAUUCCGCCACUGCUGUGAUUCCUGCCUGUCGCCCCAGGAUGCCGAGUUAGCAGCAGCCUGGCUUGUAGUGCUUCCUCUGUUUGUUGGGUUCUCAAUUCAUCUAUGGACUUAUUCUUUGUUGAAUAAAAUGGACUUGUGUCUCUGUCUUUUAA